CAUUGGCUAACACCCACCUUAUAUAAGAAGAUAGGAAAUUCUGUGGGGUGCCAGAAUAGAAGCCUCACAGUCAAGAAAUAAACAAGCCCUUUCGAUAAAAGUUCUGCAGAAAAGCAUCAGAGGGAAGACUGACCAUGGGUUGGCUUGCAUGGUUUGCUGUGCUCAGUGCUCUCUAUAUAACAACAGAGGGUACUCGCCUACUGGAUCCAGAGGAAAUGGGCACAUGCUUUCAUGAGCCUGGAAAGAUUACAGCAAAAGUUCACCAAAGAGGCAGUUCAGUUGGUGCCCGAGAUAAGAGACAGAGAACAUAUGAGCCAAUUAGGAUACUCUUCUACUAUGACACCACCAUUGACACCAUGCUGAACCCUACUCAACGAAGCAGACUACAGGAUGUUGCUAUUCCGGCAAUGGAAAAGAUAUUAGAGUCCUCUUUCUCUGUAAUCAGAGCCACAAGCCCUAUUUUGCUCGAGCGAGAAUGCGAUGAGCAGUCUUUCUACAAGCCUGUUGAAGACCCUAGACAGUGUAUUGGACAAUGUGCUGAAACACCAGUGUGCGGCGACCAUCCAUCAAUCCGGAUCCCUGAAAAUCAUCUCAAGAGAUGUGUUGAGUGUAACAAUGGCAGUGUGUCCAAUUGUACGACAAGACCUGGGUCAGUGGAUGGUCCUGGUGUGCCUGACACUGACCUCAUCAUCUAUGUGUCCGCCUUCGAUUGCUCUUCUUUCGGCUCUUCAGUUGUCGCGUUUGCUAGUGCUUGUCAAAUGGAAAGUGAACUAGAUAGACCAAUUGCCGGCCGUAUCAACUUCUGUCCAGGAAAUUAUGAGGAGUUCAAUGAUAAUUCAUUAAUCCGAAUUGGACUCCACGAAGUUAUACAUGCAAUGGUCUUCAGUUCUGAACUGUAUCCAUGGUUUCGUGAUGAGAAUGGCAAUCCCAGGACUGAGAGAGAUGAAUUUGGUUUUCCGCCUGAUGAGGCUGGCAACACUACACUACAGAUAGAGACGUACACUGAUUGGUCAACAAGGAAUGGACUUGUCGAACAUAACGUGACCCUCCUUAUCACUCCAAACGCCGUUGAGCAAGCUCGUAUCCAUUAUAACUGCCCUGACAUCCGUGGCGUUGAAUUGGAAAAUCAGGGAGGUUCGUUAUCAGCUCUUUCUCAUUGGGAGCAGAGAGUACUUGGAAAUGAAUUGAUGACUGCUCUUGUACUGUUUGGUUCACCAUUCUCAAGGAUAACUUUUGGACUUAUGGAAGACAGUGGAUGGUAUGUACCAAACUACGAAAUGGCCGAGCCUUUGGCCUGGGGCCUGAACACUGGCUGUACAAUACCUCAUGGCAGCUGUAGGGAAUACAUCGAUCAGCAGCAAGCAAGUGGAAGAAGCAUAUCCCCCUACUGCGAUCAAUUACCGAGUGAACGCACUCGUGGGUGUACUGUCGAUCAUCAGCAUUUGUCCUAUUGUACACUUUCUAGAAAUGCAAGGCCAAGUCCCGAGUAUCAAUAUUUCGAGGAUGAGGUGUUGGGUAGCUAUAUUACAUCAGGUGAUUACUGUCCAUUUAAUGAUGAAUCGAGAAGUUGCUCAGAUGUUUUCAGAAAUUCAAUAAACAACGGUGGUCAGCUGUAUGGAACUAGCUCUCGCUGCUUCCAGUUGGGCACGGACUGGAACAGAACAAGCGACUUUGACACUAGAGAGUACACUCCUGAUGCAGGAUGUUAUUUGUAUAACUGUACGUCAACUGGAGUUGAGAUCAUUCUGGAGGGUGUGUCCAUUCCGUGCUCUUGUGAAGGAGAAGAGGUUGUUGUGGAUGCCAAUAUCGGCAGUAUUCGUUACCAAGGCUCGUACAUCUGUCCAUCUUGUGCCAGUGUGUGCUACGACGACUUGGCAAGUUGUCCAUCAACAGAACCAGCUCCGUGUCCAGGACAAGUAACUAAUUUCACUGCAGGAGUACCACAUCCAUGCCGCCAUUCUAAUCCUUGUGCUGUCAACGAGGUGUGCUUUGGAUUUGGGGAAGAUGGUUUCACUUGUGAAAUUCUUGGAACAUGCUUGGCAGCUGGCCAUAAUGAAUGUUGCGACAGUACUAGUGGAAACUGUACAGGCAGUCCUCCGAACUGUUUCUGUGACCCCCAGUGCCGUAUCCGUGGUGAUUGCUGUAGUGAUAUCAGAGAUACCUGCCCUAGUUCAUGCAGGGCUGCUGGCUUCGAUACCUGCCCUAGUACAUGCAUGGCCGCUGGCCGUAACAACUGUUGUGAUAGUCUAGUAUGUCGUGGGAAGUUUAGUGGACUUGAUCCUUGUUACUGUCAUCCCUCAUGUAGAAGGUUUGGAGAUUGCUGCGACGACAUGGACAUAAUUUGUCCAGCACAGUGCGGUGCAUUUUUACGUGUUGAUAACGGACAAGUGGUUGUAUCUGGAACAGACGUUGGGAGUACAGCUACUUACAACUGCAAUGAUGGCUACAUUCUCAAUGGAAAUAACUCAAUUAGGACUUGUGAAAGUAUUGGAAGGUGGAGUUCCCCACGACCAUAUUGUAAAGAACAAUUGCUGGAGCUAUCUUGCAAUCUCUCUAGUGAUGGUCUAUCUGUUGAAUGCUCAUCUUUGCUCGAUGGUUUUGUUUCUCUUAUCUACAACUGUUCCCUUAACAACCGAUCAUCAACUGUUUGUGGACCUGGACCAAUAUUCUCACUGCCAAUGGAUGGUUUGGGGCCUGGAUCUUAUACGUACAACAUCACUGCUUUCAGUCCAGAUGGACAGAGGUCAACCAGUGUGAUUGCUUUUGCAGUGCCAGUUAACUGUGACAUGGAGGCUGAUGCUGGUUUGUGCUUUGCUCUCAUCUCUCGCUACUUCUUCAAUACAAAGACUGGAAAGUGUGAGAUGUUCACUUACGGAGGCUGUGGUGGAAACAAUAACAACUAUAAGACUCUGCAGGAAUGCACCCAACAAUGCAACCCUAACAACUGUCCACCAUAUUGCACUGUGGAGUAUUGCUCAGCCCGACCUACCAGAACAGCACUUUGUACCCUGAGAGAACCUGAGGGUAUCAUAUGUGAUGCAAAGUGCCGUGUGACCUACUGUCAUACCUGUUACUAUGACGAUGAGUAUCGCCCCCUGAUAAGUAGCUGCAAAACAUGCUCUGGUAUUGAGAAUGAGUUCGACAAGGCCAAGUGUUUCAGAAGGUGGGCGGUAUGUACGAGACGAGCUGAUGGAGAGGCCUAUCUCAAGGUACGUGCUCGGGAGAAGACCAGUGAGAAGUUCAAGUGUUACGAGCAACCCUGUGCCUGACUGAGCGUCAACAAUGAAUUGUCCUGUAAAUGCGUACAAUACUGAUCUAGAUCUAGCAUAAUAAUUAUUAGAACAGUCUAUUUACUAGUUAUAAAACUUGUUGUACAAUUAGAAUUAGUUAUCAUUGUUCUCAUACAGUAACGUCUACGACAACAAUAUUUGAAGAGUUUUUGCUACAAAA